UUUGCUUUGUGCCAACUGAAGCCUCUUGCUUGCGAUGCGAUGGUGGAUCGCUUGUGCUGUGCUUCUUGUGGCAGCAAUGCCAGAAAAUUGAAGCUGGUAUCAUGCUUGCACGCGUUAUGUGUGGCGUGUUUGGACCAACAUGUUGCAUUCGAUGGAGGCGUCCAGUGUCCCAGGUGCUUCACCAAGACCCCAAUACCAACACCAAGGUGCCCAGCGUCUGCGCUACCGGACAGUUAUCCAAGGCUAGUGACAGGUGAAAGUACAACUACUAGUACCACUAGUGCCAAUCUGCCAGUGCUGUGUGACGAUUGCGCUGAGGAGGAACCUGCCACAGCUAGCUGUCCGGAGUGCGGAACCAGUCUUUGUCAGACUCAUGCAGCUGCUCACCCUCUCUUUCGAGCUACACGCCAUCACAGAGUGGCAUCACUGUCUGCUGCCGGUCAGCAGGAGACUGUUGACAGUGUUGCGAGAGUACAGCGUACAGCUCAGCUGCAGCACUAUUGUCCUUUACAUCCCAGACAAGUGGUGACCAAAUACUGUCUUCAAUGUCAUCAGCUGGCAUGUCAACAAUGCCUGGACACUGGAGCUCACAGGCAACCAGAGCCAGCCAAACAUAAAGUAGUGCCCAUCGAACGUGCAGUGCAUACCAUGCGCCAAAAGGUCGACAACAACAUCAACAGCUGCUUGUCGAAGGGAACUGACUCGCUUUCCAUGGCUCUGGAGAAGGUAAGGGAGGAGAUUGAUCAUAUAAAUGAGGAUGCUGAGCAUGCCUCCGAAGAGAUCGUGGAACAAUUUGAAAAGCUGAGGACAGCCCUGAACAGUAGAGAAAGCACUCUUCUUGAAGAUGUGGAUCGACAGAGGAACAGUAAGCUCAUACUGCUUGAAGGUCAGGUGACUCGACUGGAAGAUGGCCUUCUAAUCGGCCAGGCUGCAUCGGAAAUAUCUCGAUCCUGCGAUGACGACACAGACUUCUUGAAGCUGGCACAGUGGCUAAACAGCGCCCUUGAUCGUCGGAAAGAUGUACAAGACAAAGAUGCAGAGCCAUGUACCAGAAGUCAGAUUGUAUUUGGUCGUGUCAACGUGGAGGAGGUUGCUAGUCUAAUUGAGAGCACCGGUAUAGUCCAGGAUUUCACCAAUUUCUCUGAAAGCUUGAAGGUGGAUAUUGAUGAUCGCUAUGAAGGUGGCAAGCUGCGGCUGCUGAUCAAGGGAGCAUUGCCACUGGAUCUUUCUCCGCAGUGCCUCGAUCGUCUCUAUUUCCACAUUUCCGUCCAGGAUGCGGGCAAUGAGAAGCUACCCACAACACCACUGCAGCAAACUUCACUGGAACGCCUCGAGUCCAUGUGCACAUCGCCUUCAGCUGGAGGCCCUGUAACUGUAUCAAUACAGUACGCAGAAAGGCACUUGCAGAACAGUCCACUCAAGGCCAAAAUAAAGCCACAGCCGGUGUUUGAUUCGAGCUGGUCUCAUGAGGACAUCACCAUCAGUAAUGGAGGCCGUACUAUUACUAAUAAUGAGGGGAGUAAUACUAACACAGCGUAUACAUCACGCCUAACAAAAACCCGCGGUGUCAGCAGUAUCAGAGUGAGAAUGGACAACACAAGUUUGAGCGACGUGUGGAUCUGUGCGUGUUCCGCCAGUAAGCCAUCAUAUCACUGUGUGCAUCGUCUGAGGGGGGAGGUAUAUGGUUGGUGUGGCUACACACCAGAUGGAGGUUGCAAAGGUGGGGAACUUUCGCAGCGUUGGAGAAAAGGCGAUGUCAUCUCUCUGGAGCUUGACCAUGACAAGCACACGUUGACCGUGCACCACGAAUGCACCGGCCGCAGAAGUGUAAUUCAAGGUGUUACUGGUACAUUCUGCUGGUAUGUAGCGCUGUCUCACCAACACGAUCAAGUGACAAUUAUCUAGACCAUCCAUCAAUGGCUGCUGGACUGUCUGCAUCAUGCUGAGAGAGAAAGAGAGACAGAGAAAGAGAGAGAGAGAGAGAGAGAGAGAGAGAGAGAGAGAGAGAGAGAGAGAGAGAGAGAGAGAGAGAGAGA